AUGACUAAAGCCACGGAUACACUCCAUUUUAUAGAUGAUUCUACUCUUACUACUCAAGAAGAUUCGCUAAAAGAUGGUCAUGACACUAAUGACAAUGAGCUAAGCGAUAAACACAAGAUCAUUGCUCCUUCUAUUGAUCAAGUCACAGAGGAUCCUAAUGAACUACGUGUGUCGAGAGGGAACCACAGAUAUUUUGGCAUUAAUGAGAAGACAGAUGACAUUAAAUUUAUUUCCACAACAAAUUACAAAGAUGUAAAAAAUUUGAAAUGUUCUAAUUGCCAGGAAUAUGGACAUUUUAAAAAAAAUUGUCCCCACAUCAUUUGCUCUUAUUGUGGUCUAGUUGAUGACCAUUAUUCUACUCAUUGCAAGAAAGUAAUGUUCUGUUCAAAUUGUAACCAAAUGGGACAUUAUAGAUCUCAUUGUCCUGAAAAAAUUAUCUAUAAAAAUUGUUCGACUUGUAAUAGUAAGUUACAUACUGAAGACAGAUGCUCGUCGAUUUGGAGAUCGUAUAUUUUAAAUCGUUCGAAUGACAAACAUGAUCCAAAGACAAAAGAAAAGAAAAAACUUGUGUUACCAAUGCAUUUAAUCUUUUGCUACAAUUGUGCUUCCAAAGGCCAUUUUGGUGAUGAUUGUCCUAAGAGAAGAUCCUCGAAAGUUCCAUUAGAUGAUGGUAGUGCGUUUACAGGCAAGAAUUUAUCUGAUGAUUUAAAGAAGCAAUAUUUCCAAAAUUUAGAGUCUAAGAAAAAAGAUGAUUAUUAUUAUGAUAAUUAUAAUAAUUCAAACGCAUACUCAUAUCAAAAUCAUGGGGACCAUAAUUUGGACUAUUAUUAUAACAAUGAUCGCUAUCCUAACAAGAAUAAUUUUGAUAAUUAUACUAACAAUACUUCAAAUAACCUACCGUACUCUCCAAACAAUUAUCUAAUAAAUAAUACUACUCAACCUGAAUUUACAAAUUUCUACCCACCUCCCAAUCAAUACAAUCCUAAUCCAGCUUUUCCUCCAUCUCAACAACACUUUGCCAAUAACAAUACAAAUGCUUAUAUGAAUAACAAUGAUAUGUAUUUCAAUAAUAACGAUCCAUAUUUAAAUAAUAACGAUCUAUAUUUAAAUAAUAAGGGUCCAUAUCAUUAUCAACACUCAUAUGAAUCCUAUCAAAAUCAAACAGCUUACAUGGACGCUCCAUACACAAACAAUACGACUUCUUAUAAAGCUAACCAGUAUUAUAAUGGCAACACAACAGCGGCCCCAAUUAUGAAUAACAACAAUGAUAGCAACUUACAUUAUGGCAAUGAUUAUAGAUCUAUACCAUCACAAAAUUCAAAUUUAUAUUAUACAGUUCCCAACUCUUAUUCAAACGGUAAUAAUUAUAUUAAACCUACCUAUUCUUCAAUUCAACAACAAUCAAAUUAUAGAAGUAACCCAUCUAACUAUUCAGAAGAUCAUUUUAACCAAAAUUUUGGCGAUGGAUAUAAUUAUAAUAAGCGUAAAAGUGAAAUAAAUUAUGAUGAUGAAGAAAUUGGCCAAGAAAAAGAAAAGGUAGAGAAUCCCAAGAAAAGAAAAUAUGUAAGUAGAAAAGGUAGAGAAUUGAAUUUAAAACGCGAUUAUUCAAUUUAUAGUAGUAAUAAUAAUGCCGCCAUGAACAACAAUAACAAUAGCAAUAAUAACAAUAACAAUAACAAUAACCAUAAUAACCAUAAUAAUAAUAAUAAUAACAAUGAUAAUAAAAAUAAUAAUAAAAAUAAUGAUAAUGGUUCUCAGUUUGUUCUCGCCCCCACGAGAACUGGAACUCUUGACUAG